AUGAGCAUACAAAAUAAGAUAGAUAUGAGUUUAGAUGAACUCAUAGAAAAGGAAAAUAUAAAAGCUAAUUUAAAAACCAAUGAAAAAAAGACGGUAAAUAAAUUUAUUGAAAAAAAUACAGGUCAAAAAUUUUUGUAUAGUAUAAUAAUAUCCAAUGUGAAUAGCAAAAAUUUAGAACUUUAUAAAAAAGAAUUUAGUAAAUUUGGGAAGAUAUAUAAUAUCUAUCAUGAUAAUGAUAAAAAAAUAACGUAUGUUAAAUAUGAUAAUAAAAAUUCCUGCGAUACAGCAAUAAGUACAAUGAAUAACCAGACCAUUGAUGGAGAUACUAUAACGAUUAUAUUGGGUAAAAAGAUCGUAGAUAAAAAAAACUCGAAAAACUUAAACCAGAAUAAUGUUGUUAUGCAUAAUAAUAUGCAUAAUAAUAUGCAUAAUAAUAUGCAUAACAAUAUGAAUAAUAAUAUGAAUAAUAAUAAAAUUAUUCAACCAUUUAAAAUGUCCAUGUAUAAUCCUAAUGCAUACCCCCCACAUCCAUAUUACAUGAAUAAUAAUUUUGCACCAUAUAACAAUAUGGCCCCAGCAAAUGCUUAUCAAAAUAAUUUCUUUGAUAAAAAUAUGGUUCUUUAUAAUAAUUCUACGAAAAAUAUAUACGAAACUCUUAAAAAUAAUACCAUAAUAGUAACCAACGUUCCUACAUAUUUAAACGCCGAAGAUAUUUUCUCAGCUUUUCAAGAAACAGGAAAAAUUAUCGACGUCCAAAUACUUAUGAAUGAAAAGAGAAAAUUAACAGGGAUUGUCAGCAUUGAAUAUGAAAAGAACGAAUCGGCAUCAGAUGCUGUCAGAAUGUAUGACGGUGGUUUCUUAAAUGAUAAUAGAAUUAGGGUAUUUUUAGAUUGUCGUUAA